UGCUUGUGUUCAGCCUUCUCGCUCUGUUUAAGAGGCGGGAGGGAAUUACUGUCACUUCGCAGGCGUUUAGGCAGGUGCCCGGCCCGUGAUCGGGGUUCUGACAGCGGUUCUGCAGGGCUGUAGCAGCACCGACACCAGAACUUCUGCUUGUGCCAUGAUGAAAUCCUACAAUGCCGUUUUGUGUGGGUGAAGUGAAGGAGUAGUAAAGGAAAUAAAAAAAAUGCCCAAGCAAACAGCAGUGACAAUAACUUUGGCGACCCUGCUGGGUGUUGCAGUGGGAGGACUGGUUUUGUGGAAAGCAACCCAACGUCGGAAAGGAAAAGCAUGCCAUAGUAGUCAGCAAGAAGAAGCAGCUAUAAAGUCGGGAGAUGAGAGACUCAUUAAGACAGAGGAUAAGGAGGUGCUUUCCUUCUUCAGAUCUCCCACCUUUUCCUGGGUAGAGAGGACCCUUGGUGCAGACAUAGUGAUAGUUUCAGAGCAGGAGGAGUGGAAUCGUGUUGAACCAUUACUGAAGAAGGAGCUGGAGAAGUGGCCGGUGCUUGGAAUUGAUUGUGAGUGGGUAUCAGUGGAGGGAAGAGCAAAUCCUGUAUCCCUGCUACAGAUGGCUUCUUCCAGUGGCCUCUGUGUUCUUGUUCGGUUGCCCAGGCUUGUUGCCAGUCGACAGACUCUCCCAAAGACCCUGUUGGACAUCAUGGCAGAUAGUACUGUGUUGAAAGUUGGGGUUGGAUGCUGGGAAGAUGCUUGCAAGCUACUUCAUGAUUAUGGCCUUCCAGUCAAAGGGAGUGUGGAUCUGCGGUAUUUAGCCAUGAGGCAGCGGAAGGAUCUACUUCACAACUGCCUUAGCCUUAAGUCUUUAGCUGAAAAAGUCCUGAACUGCCCGCUUGACAAAUCUCCUCAUGUGCGUUGCAGCAACUGGGAGGCAGAAGAACUGGCACAAGAUCAGAUUCUCUAUGCUGCUAGGGAUGCCCAGGUCUCAGUGGCUCUUUUCCUCCAUUUGCUGGGAUUUGCUGGCCUCCCUGCUACAUCUGAAGGUGAAAACUCUGUCGCUGCUUGGGAAAAAGCAUUGGGUAAAUGCCGGGGCUUGGUGGAUAUCCCAUUUAGAGGAAGAAAGAGUGUCAGCACAGGAGAGGAGAAGAGUGGAGAUGGACACUCCCCUCAGAAAACAAAGAAUCGGAAAUCUUGGGUGAAUGGCCAGCCCUCUGGCAAUCAUCAAGUGAGAGAUCCACGGAGGCAGAAGCGAAAGCCUCUGGGUGUGGGAUAUUCUGCACGAAAAUCUCCUCUGUAUGACAACUGCUUCCUGCAUGCACCAGAUGGACAACCCCUGUGCACUUGUGAUCGCAAGAAGGCUCAGUGGUAUCUGGACAAGGGGAUUGGAGAGCUAGUUAGCACAGACCCAUUUGUUGUGAAGCUGCGGUUUGAGCCUUCAGGACGUCCUGAGUCUCAAGUUGAUUAUUAUCUGACAGUCAAAGAAAAUCUGUGCGUUGUAUGUGGCAAGCGAGAAUCCUAUAUCCGGAAGAACGUUGUUCCUCAUGAAUACCGAAGACACUUCCCCAUUCAGAUGAAGGACCACAACUCCCAUGACGUGCUCCUACUCUGCACAUCUUGCCAUGCCAUUUCCAAUUACUAUGACAACCAUCUCAAGCAGCAGCUGGCUGAGGAGUUUGGUGCCCCCAUCGGCUCCGAGGAAGGUGUGCGUCUGCUGGAGGACCCUCUGCGCAGGCAAGUGCGCUCGGGAGCGCGAGCCCUGCUGAAUGCAGACAGCCUGCCUGACCCCCGAAGGGCAGAGCUUCUGCAAAGCAUCAAGGACUUCUUUAACACAGAGGCAGUCACACCAGAGAUGCUCCAGGAAGCAGCUGGUCUGGAAACCAGGAUCUGCAAUGAGAGCUACGUGCCACAUGGACUGAAGGUGGUGCAGUGUUUUGCUAAAGGAGGCCUGCGCUCCCUUAUGCAGUUGGAAAGACGCUGGCGGCAGCACUUUUUGGACAGUAUGCAGCCCAAGCACCUCCCAGAGCAAUGGUCAGUGGAUCAUAACCACAUGAAGCUGAUCAGGAAGUAUGGGGAGGAUCUUCAGAUUGAGCUGUCAUGAAACUAACUCCCUGAACUCCGGAUAGUGUCUAAUGAACAUAUGUAACUGAAGAUGAAAGGACUUUUUAUCUCUAUGCCUUCACUAACACCUGGGUCUGGGUUUGCAAACAGGUAGCAGUAGAUCUGCCAGGUUUGACAUUUUUAUAGAGUUAAAUUUGACAGUUAGAUCCAUUGACUUGAACUUUCAGGUGGUUUGGAAUUUUUAAUCCUAGUCUGUCACUCACUAGUUCAGUGCAAGAGUGAUAUACUAAGGGAACUUGUCUUCUCAAAGUGACUAUGGAGAAUUAUUUUCCUGAAACCUCCAGGGUACUUGCUACCUGCAGACCAUCUCUCAACACAGAGCACAAUAUAUGAACUUUUCCACAUUUUCUGACAUAAAUUUGUGCCCUUGACUUCACCUUUAGAGUCUCUCGAUAAAAAUCUUUCUUUGUUUUCA